AUGUCUCGCCCUAGCAGCAAUGCCAAUUUGGAUCCUUCCAAGCUAGAAGAUAUACCCUCGCCCGAUCAGCGGUUCUUUGGGCUCCUCGGGCAUAUACCAGAAAUGGAUGCAAGCUUCCCUUUCCAGUCGAUUUGGAAAUUGGCCGAUCUGUACGGACCAAUUUUCGCACUGAAGCUGGGGGAAAACAUCGUGGUAGUCUCCUCGCAGCAAUACGUGAAUGAAAUUUGCGACCAAGAUCGAUUCGAGAAACUACCGAGCGGGCCCCUUACCGAGCUUCGACCCUUGGUUGGCGAUGGUCUGUUCACUGCUUACCCUUCCGAGACAAACUGGGGAAAAGCCCAUCGCCUGUUGAUUCCAGCUUUCGGGCCACUCGGUAUCCGAAAGAUGUUCGACGAUAUGCUUGAUAUUUCUUCACAAAUAGUCCUCAAGUGGGACAGACUUGGUGCCCAGAAUGAGAUCGAUAUGUCCGACGAUCUGACCAGGUUGGCAUUUGACACCAUCGGUCUGUGUGCUUUCAGCUUCAGGUUCAACGAGUUCUAUGGUGAGCAGGUGCAUCCAUUCGCAGAACAGAUGGCCCGGGUUUUGCUGGCGUCUGGCAAACGGGCUUUUAGGCCUGGCUUUGUCAACCAAGUUUUGGCUUGGAGCGAGCAUGAGCGCCAAGAAGACAUCUGCAGGAUGCAUGCUGUAGCGGACGACAUUGUGAAAGAUCGGAAAGUACACCCGCAGCCGAAUAACAAAGAUCUACUAAACACAAUGUUGUUGACGGCUGACCGAGAAACUGGUGAAAAACUCUCGGAUGAAAAUAUUCGGUUUAAUCUAGUGACUUUCCUUGUUGCUGGUCACGAGACAACCAGUGCCACACUAUGCUUCCUCUAUUAUAACUUGCUCAAGUACCCCGAGACAUUGAUCAAGGCGCAGCAAGAGGUUGACAAAGUCGUGGGGAAUUCGGUCCUGACCGUUGAACAUCUACCAAAUUUGGUCUACCUCGAUGCAUGCAUCAAGGAAACGUUGCGUCUGUCCAGCCCUAUCCCCACGUUCGUAGUCAAACCAAAGCAAGACACAUCGCUCGGCGGGCGGUACAAAGUUUCGUCCAACACGUGGAUUCAGUGCAACAUGCGCGGGUUGCAUACAGACCCAGCCGUCUGGGGCGAAGAUGCAAAUGUUUUCCGGCCCGAGCGUAUGCUCAAUGGUGGAUUCGCAUCUCUACCUCCUAAUUCGUGGAAGCCUUUUGGUAACGGUAUGCGAGCCUGCAUUGGGCGGGGCUUUGCUGAACAGGAGAUGCUCAUCAAUACUGCCUUGGUCCUUCAAAAAUUCCAGCUUGAGUUCGCCGAUCCUUCGUACGAGUUGGGGAUUACGUCGACACUCACAAUCAAGCCAAAAUGUUUCAAAAUGAAGGUUCGGCGCCGCCGUGGAAAAGGUAUACUUACGGGGGUGCCUGGCGGGAGCGUUGUAACAAAUGUUGAGAAGCCAAUCGAGAAGCCUGGCACAAAAUCUAUUGCGGCCAAGAACUCAAGACCUUCGAUAACCAUCCUAUUUGGUGGUAAUACCGGCACAUGUGAGGGAUUCGCUUUGGAAUUGGAAAGACAGGCGACAGAACUUGGCUUUCGGCCCAAGCUUAUGCACAUGGACGCAGCAACCGAGAACCUCCCUACGGAUCAGCCAGUCAUCAUUGUGACCGCGUCAUUUGAGGGCAAGCCUCCAGACAAUGCAAAGAAGUUUGUUGCUUGGCUGGAACUCAUUCAGCAAGAAAAUGAGCUGGAUGGGGUUAAGUAUGCAGUCUUCGGAGUAGGGAACUCAGACUGGGCCAGAACUUACCAACGAAUCCCUAACAUUGUGGAUGAGAGGAUGGCUCAACUUGGAGCUUCCCGCAUACUCGAGGCAGGCUUUACUGAUGUCAAAGCGAAUAUCCUUGGACCUUGGGAAGAAUGGUCUGAAACUCUCCUGCAAAAGCUUGGAGUAUCAGAUGAUAAAGCAAUUGGUGAAAGGCCCUCCAUUUCUGUGUCAAUAUUUCCCAGAAAAUUACCUCCAACAAUUGGCGGUCAGGAGAUGAACAUUUGUCGGGUCGUCAACAAUUACGAGAUCGCGGGGGCUGAAGUUGGAAUUGCUAAGAGACAUAUGGACAUACGCCUUCCGGAAGGACAGUCGUACCAGCCUGGGGAUUAUCUCGUGGUGCAGCCGAGAAAUCCACAGGCGGGUAUUCGUCGGGUGCUCAAGUACUUUGGUAUCUGCGAAGAUGACAUCAUGCGCGUCGAAGGGUCCAAAAAGAAGUUUAUGCCUAAGGAGCCAAUGCCGGUCGUACAGUUUCUUGAGAGUGCUGUCGAGUUGAAUACUCCGAUCACCAAGCGCCAGCUGGCAAUUCUUGCGGCGAGUGCCAAAGGAGAGCGAAAAAUGCAUCUCGAAAGUUUAACAGACGAGCUCGUACACAAGAAGCUGAUGCAGAAGCGCUAUAGCAUAAUCGAUGUGCUUGAAGACCAUCCCACAGACCUUGAUUUCAGCAACUAUAUUGACAUGCUUCAACCGCUCACUCCACGCCAAUACUCCAUCUCCUCAUCCCCGCUUCAGCAUCACAACAGCUUUUCCGUUUCCAACAUUGCCUCAAUAACCUUUGAUGUACAUGAAUCGCCAUCCAUCUCUGGCCACGGCAUGUUUUAUGGUGUUGCAUCAACCUACAUGGCUUCGUGCAGCGCCGGUGAUAACAUUCACUGCUACGUGCACCCCACCAACAUCGGUUUCCGGCUUCCGACAAGCCCGGAUAUUCCCAUCCUGAUGGUGGCUGCGGGAACUGGAAUAGCUCCGAUGCGAGCUUUCCUGCAAGAGCGUGCCAGCAUCGCCGAGACUGGCGUGACAAAACUUGCCCCAGCAAUCCUCUUCUAUGGAUGCCGCGACCCGAACAAGGACUUCCUCUACAAUGACGAGUUGCGGUCCUGGGAGGAGAGGAAAAUUGUGACCGUCAAGCCGGCCUUCAGCAGACCGCUCGACGGUUCCACUCCACGGUACGUGCAAGAUGUCAUAUGGGAAAACCGGGAAGAAGUUGCGCUUCUAUUCCGCUCUGGGGGUAAAAUAUUUCUAUGUGGCAGCGCAGCACGGUUGGGGGAAGGUGUAGCGGAGGUUUGCAAGAAGAUUUAUAAGGAGCAGACGAGCAAGACUGAUGAAGAGGCGGAGUUGUGGCUGGAAAAUGUGAAAACCAAUAGGUAUAUUAGUGAUGUUUAUUAA